AUGAGGUUGUUAUGCUGGAACUACCAAGGGCUUGGGAACCCUUGGACAGGUCGAAGCCUUCGCAAACUUGUGAGGGAACAAGCUCCCACUGUGCGUUUUCUUAUGGAAACACGUCUAGAUAAGGAAGGGUUUGAUAAUUUGUAUGGAGACUUGCAAUUUCAGAAUAAAAUCAUAGUUAAACAACCAAAUGCAGGAGGUGGAUUGGCUUUACUAUGGAAGAAGGAAGUUGGGAUGGAUCUGAUUAAUUAUUUGCCUAAUCACAUUCUGAUGAAGGUCACUGAAGAGGAUGGGUUUGUUUGGUUUUUUACUGGCUUUUAUGGUUGGCUUGAGGCUCAGAAUAAAGAAAAAUCUUGGCAUUUACUAGAACAUCUGAGGAGUUUUGUUAAUGGUGCAUGGCUUUGUGCCGGAGAUUUCAAUGCAAUUCUAAAUAGUGCAGAGAAGUUAAGUUUAAGGCCUCCUAAUUCAGCAGAGAUUGAUGCUUUCAGGACUGUGUUAGAUUCUUGUUCUUUGGAGGAUUUGGGAUACAGAGGGUAUACCUACACGUGGUCUAAUAAGAGGCCUAGUGUAGCUAAUACCAAAUUAAGACUUGAUAGAGCUGUGGCAACUAUGGAGUGGCAGGAAAAAUUUCCGAUAUCUACAGUUUCUCAUCUUCCACCCCAUGCAUCGGAUCAUUUGCCAAUUUUGGUGCAUGUGAAGAGUGUUCAAAGGUUUCAAAAAAAAUUUAAAAAGGGGUUUAAAUUUGAAGAAAAUUGGUUACUGUGGGAGGAUUGUGGCGGAGUGGUUAAAGAUGCUUGGGAGAUGGUGGGAGGGGGGGUGUCGGGCCUAGCUUCAAUAAAGGAGAAGAUUUAG